AUGGAGAAAUACAACCUCACAGUAGUGACGGAAUUCAUCCUGGUGGGCAUCACAGACCGCCCUGAACUGCAGGCCCCUUUAUUUGGACUGUUCCUGGUCAUCUACCUGAUCUCACUACUGGGCAACACGGGCAUGAUCAUCCUCACCAUAGUGGACUCCCAGCUGCAAACACCCAUGUACUUCUUCCUCAGACACCUGGCCAUUACAGAUCUGGGUUAUUCUACAGCCGUGGGACCCAAAAUGUUAGUGAAUUUUAUUGCAGAUGAAAAUAGGAUACCCUUUUUUCUUUGUGCUGCACAGCUAGCUUUCUUCCUUCUUUUCAUUGCAUGUGAGCUGUUUAUUUUGUCUGCCAUGUCCUAUGACCGCUAUGUGGCCAUCUGUAACCCUCUCCUGUACUCCGUUAUCAUGUCACAAAGAAUAUGUUGGAUACUAGUAGCAAUUCCAUAUCUCUACUGCACUUUUGUGGCUCUUCUUGUGACCAUAAAAAUUUUCAGGCUCUCCUUCUGUGGCUAUAACGUCAUCAGCCAUUUCUAUUGUGACAGUAUCCCCUUGUUGUCCUUGCUCUGCUCUAAAACUCAUGACAUUGAAGAGAUGAAUUUGAUAUUAUCAGCUUUUAAUUUGAUUUCCUCUCUCCUGGUGGUCCUGGUGUCCUACUUGCUCAUACUCACAGCCAUUCUCAGGAUGAACUCAGCUGAAAGCAGGCGCAAGGCUUUCUCCACCUGUGGGUCCCAUUUGACCGUGGUUGUUGUCUUCUAUGGGACUUUGAUAUUCAUGUAUGUGCAGCCCAAAUCCAGCCACUCCUUUGACACAGACAAAGUAGCCUCCAUCUUCUAUACCCUGGUCAUCCCCAUGAUGAAUCCCUUGAUUUAUAGUUUGAGGAACAAAGAUGUAAAAUCUGCAUUUCGAAGAGCCCUAGAGGAUUGCUUCCUAUAG